AUGUCUAUCCGAGACCGAUUCCGUCGUGCCUUGCGCAAAUCCGACAGCUCAGACACCACCAUCUCGCAGACAGAGAGCAACACAACCACAACCACGACCAGCGAGACGUCAUCGUUACACAAGUCAAUCACUAGCAGCAAAUUCGCCAGAACCUUUGCGUUUGCCCGCCGCUCCAAGGACGAGUCACAUGAGGAAUCCCGGAGGAACAGGAGGAACAAGAAAAUCCACCCGAGCCAACGACCUCUCACGCUGCAAAAUCUCAAGCAUCAAGAAAUGCUGAGCCAUUUCACCAUGACCUUUGGCGCCACGGACCCGAGCCAGAUUGAGAGUGCCAGUUUUAUUGGUGUGAGCCCGUGUUGCACGCGCGCGCCCAGCCUCGAGAUCGAUAGGGCAAAGAUCAUCGCCUCGCUGACGGACUCGCCGAGCCCCGACUCGGCCCGAGACUGA